UGUAGAUAAAACACGUCAUGCAUUUUCAUUACAUGAAAGGCGGCUAAUAGCAUCUGAAAACCUGAAGUCAAUAAUUUCAGAUAGAUAACAAUGGAUUGGAACCGAGGUCCACAAGAGUACAAUUCACCCGCCAGAAUCAAUCCAAUGAAGAUCGACAACUUGCAUUCGAAUAAGGUUUGUAGGAAACUUAAUACAUAUUACCUGUGUCCCGCGUCCUGCAAUAUGUACCUAGCUUACGCGCAAUUGUGGCGCUGCUCGUCCCUGCCUCGUGUUGCGCUACCACACGACACAGAUUGGGCAGGUCCUUGCAGCCCCUCAAGCUCCCUGCAUUCACCAUCCUCGUAUUCACAAACUUUCAAAUUGCCACUACCUUCGCGACAUUCCUCAUGUUGACUUGAGCUCCGUGUUCUUAGGAAAGACACCUGACCGCCAGUUUUCACAUCCAAACUCUAUCCAGUAUGUCUGUAGAUAUCUCGACAUCCGACUACCUCGCCAUUCGUAACAUCGCUUUCGAGUGGUCAGAAAGCUACGAUCACAAAGACUGGACCCGCCUCCACAAUAUCCUCGCUCCCUCCAUCCAACUCGAUUUCCGCGCGCUGCGAGGCGAGCUUCACGAGAACUUGACUCCAGACGAAUAUGUCGCCAUACUCCAGCGUAAGAAUUUGCUGGGCGACCCGCGCCUGAAAACUCAGCACCUCUUGGGAGGUUCGAAAUGGGAGGUCCUGAGUGAUGGUCAAGUGCAGGUCGAUCACCAGAUUCGAGUGGCUCAUCAGCGAUACAAGACUGAAGAGCUCACUGAGGUGCUUAACAAAGGACAUGGACUUGGAGUCACUCAGCAUGUGUAUAAGAAGAUCGAUGGUGCGUGGUUGAUUACCCGUGUUGCGCCUAGCUUGAACUGGUUCGAGUUUGAUUUGUUUGGUACAUUGACCCCGCCGGAGGAUGAAUAGAAAUAGCCCAGCAUCAUACGGUGUUGUGUCGUCCUUGUUAUAUUACCAAUUCUGGAGUACUUUUGAGUUACGGCUUCAGGUAGCUGUUUGAAACACUGUGUAAAAUCAUUAGUAUCGCACAUCAAUUCUUUAACACGAAGUAUACUCAAAUGCUGCAAGUAACUGUGUUGCAUCCAAUAGUCGGCGAGCAUGUCCAUUGUUCAGUAC